GCUCUCGCGCCUCGCCUGGCUUCUCGCUGCUCGCUUGCGCGCGCGCGCUCCCGCAGUGCGCAGAGCGCUGCCACGACGGAAGGACGUGUUCACGUCGCUCCGCGCCCGACUCGCCGUGUCCCCGUAGUAGUGCGCGACGCUGUGAACACCAACUGGAUUACUUUCGCCACUGCCCAUUGGAUUACGUACCUCACCUCUUGUUCACCACCCCGAGGAUGCACCGCCGCGGAGCGCAUCUGCCGCAGCAAGCUGGACUACUUUCAUGACCAAGGUGGUUCUUCGGGAUGGCGCCAUGGUGCUGACCGCCGUGUGUCCCAAAUGCCGACACGAGUUCCCGACGCAGCCUCCGCCGACGUCGCCGACGUCCACGCCGUGCCCCUGCGACGUCGGGCCCACGGCCGCCCCCAUACAGGGCGGCGGCGCUGCCCCUGCCGCUUGGGUACCGGGCCAGCACAGCCCCGUGCCGCCACCGGCGCACUCGCCCAGCUCCGCCAUGCUGAGCCUCUCCAUCACGGCGUCGAGCGCCGCCUCCCUCAACGGCGGCCAUGUGGUGGUCAACACGACGCCGUCGGCGGCGCCGUCCAGCAUCAGCGUGACGGCCACGCUGCCGGCCGGCUUGCCCAUGUGGCCAUGGCAGUCGGGGCAGCCGGGGUCCACGCCAACCUGGGCGAUGAUGCCCACCCCCGCGCCGCCUCCCACCACCACCUGGCCGACGCCAGGGCUGGCCAUGCCGGCCAUGUCCCUGCCGGCGUGGGCGGCGCCCCCGCAGCCACUGCCCGCGUGGGCCAUGCCGGCCAUGCCCGCCGCGCCACUCACUCUGGGGCUGGAGCUGUUCCCUCGCCCGCAGCCCCAGCCCGCCUGCGCGCUCAAGGGCGUGCAGUACCGGCUGACGGGCGGGGGCAUCCUGCACGAGCGCGGCCAUGGAGGCCCUCACCCCCACGACGCCCCCGUGCUGCUGCAGCCCCAGCAGCACCCCCGCGGCAAGCCCGGCGCGCCGCACGCCUGCGGGCCCUGCGGCUCGUUCGCCCCGGAGCAGUCGCCGUCAACGCCGCUGUCCUUCGUGCUGCCCGGCGGCGCGCUGGCCCCCGAGGCCGUGGCCGCGGACAGUGCGGGCACCCCCGAGGCCGACCUGCGACUGCUGCAGGCCACGACGCAGGCGCUCAAGGCGUCGGGCUGGUACUACGAGGGCUUCUCCUGGCAGGAGUCCGCGGCCACGCUGCGCAGUGCCGCACCGGGCACGUUCCUGGUGCGGGACUCCAGCGAUCCGCGAUUCCUCUUCUCGCUGAGCGUCCAGACGGACCGCGGCCCCACCAGCGUGCGCCUGCUCUACAUCGCGGGCGGCUUCCGGCUGGACGCGGAGCCCCACUUGGCGCCCACCAUGCCGCUCUUCCCGUGCGUGCUGCAGCUCAUCGAGCACUACGCCGAGAACAGGGGCAAGCGCGCCUGCCCGCCCUGCCAGCCCUGCCAGCCGCCGGCCAGCCAGGCCAGCGCGCUCGACGGACACCAGAGCCGCGCGGGCAACCGCGUGCAGGUGUGGGUGGAUGCGUGCGGGCAAGUGUACUCCCACAUCUUGCUGACGGCGCCGCGGCGCCACACUGUCCCCGGGCUGCAGCACCUGGCGCGGCUGGCCGUGCACAGACAGCUCAAGACGGCGGCCUCCUCGGCCUGCCCCGAGACGCCCAAGGCGCGCAGCGAGCGCAUCAAGGAGCUGGAGCUGCCCACGACGCUGUGCCGCUACCUGGAAGAAUACCCCUACACCCUGUAACGCCUGCAACGCCUGUGACCCUCGCCCCAGUGAGCCGGCUGCCGGCAGUUCCUAUGGAGGCAGUGUGCGCCGGGUGAAGGUUGGCUUCGCCCCGCGGGAACAUUUGAAUUCCGCCAACGUCCUGGAUUCGUGGACGUGCCACGUGUUGACUACCAGUCUCGUUUUGCCAGUCACGAAACACUUGCUCCACCAUGAAAUGGGGUCGUGUCUCCUGUGACAAAUUACGUUUUAGUGACAGAUAUAUUUUUCUUGUGAAAAUGUAACCUUUGUCAUGUGAAAUUUGAUCUCUUGGUGAUUUAAGUGUGUUCUGUUAGAAUGGCAGGUUUAAGUGCUUCCUAUAGUGAUUGUCUUCCCUUCCCUGUGCAUUUGUUUCUUUUGUUUUUUAAUUGUUAACAGUUUUAAUCAUAGUUCUGUUCACAUAUCCCUGGUAGUCGUCAAGGGAAGUCCAAACCAAAUAAUAGGAUAGUGUAUGUCUGUAUAUGAAUGUUGUGGAUGUCCUUUUUAUUUGUUCUUAACAUUCUCCUCUUUUAAGUGUAACUGGUUGUUUUGUGAGCGUUUGUAUGCUUGUGUGUGCCGAAUGGGGAAUGUGUCUCCAGCUACCUCAAUAGCAUUGUUACCAAGGCGGCCACUACUGAGGCUGCUGCCCUGCCACGCACUAAAUGAAGCAGGGCGGCUAGAAAUUUUCCUCUAGUCGUCGCUGACUAUUUUGUGAUAUUAAUUUAUUAUUAUUACUGUAAUCAAGAAUCUAUAUUUUGUUUUGUACUGAUGUGUAUUGUAGUACUUUUUUAAACUAUGAAAAUGUUGCAAUUACUGUAUUGACAUUGCCUGCUCACUUUGAGCAGAUUAUGGUACAAAGUGUCCUUGUUAUGAUUUUCUAUUAUGAAAUUGUUAUCAAAGGAAGUUCCUCUAUGUCAAUUGUCAAAUCGAAAUUGUGGGCCUCCUUACACAAUUUGCACUGGAAUCCAUAUAGUAUUUUUGUACUCCAUUAUGGCUAUUUAUUUUUGAGUCAAAUCAAUCUUGCCACCUUCAUGAAGUACUAUUUAUUAAAGAGAUCAGAAGUACUAUUAA